AUGGUCAUGCAUCAUAAGCGCAGGGACCGCCAACCUUCUACUGCACAGACACUGAACUUGGACAGCCGCAGGACCCUUGCUCUGGUUGGGUAUGUCUGCAUACUCUGUAUCUUUAUCCCCAACGACAUCUGA